AACCACUAUGGUGGACGAUAAGGGCGAAGAGCGACAAUCAGACACAGAGACAAAUCUUACGGAAAGCAAUUCGAGUCAGAUUGGAUGGGUAACUUUUGACGAACCUGACACAGAUGAACCAGAGUGCCUCAAAACUACGGAUCACGAGCAAAUUUGUGCGCAAAAAGGACAACAUAUUGCACGCUUAGAGAGGGAGCUUCAGAGACUGCAGGAUAAGAAAAGAACACCUCUUUCAUCCAAAGAAAUGAUAAAAACUUUGCAAGAAGCCAGAGAUACUCAUAUGAAACACUUUAUGGACAGGCCUGAACAAUCAGAGGCAUUUUUGACAGACGGAGGUGAAAGAAAUGAUAACUCUUGUUGCUUUCCUGUAUACAGAGUAGUGUUUCCUAAACAACCACUCAACAAUGAAGAACUUGAGUGCUUGUUCGAAGAUAACGAGGAUAAUAAUCCUGAUAGAACAACAAGUGAAGCAUGGAAGACAUGAUAAUAACACAUUCUAGCCAGUUUUUUGGGUGAAAAGGUUGAGCAUCCAACAAUUUGAUCAGACCUACCUUUCACUGCAUUGAAAAUAAUAAAGAGAAGCUGGUAGCAAUGACUUUUUAAUGUGAGAAUGCUCUCAAUUUUGUACUAUGAAGCCAAAAUCAAAUUAAUAGUAAAGAUAAUAUUAAUUCCAAUACUGUGAAUACUACUUAUAAUAAUAAUGAUAAUAAUAAUAAUAAUAAUAAGGAUGAUGAUGAUGAAGCUUGAUGAGGGAACCCCAACUUGCCAAAGUGGAGCCCUCAAGAUCAUAAUUAAUAAAUUACUAUGUUGAUUUUGUAAAGAAUUAAGGAUUAGAAUCAAAAUCUUAAAACAUGAAAAGAAAUAGUUUUCAGUUUUGCUUUAACAACCUAACGAAAAAAUGUUUUCCUUUCAAAUUAAACAGAAGUCUGACAGGCCAAAGUUUGUGUGCCUCAGUUAGUUCAGGGAAGAGGCAAAUAAAGAUGUUUGGAUCUUCUUGUGUUGAAAGAAUUAGCAGCUUGAUUGGGGGUAAAAUCAAAGUCCAAAUCAGUUUUGUGAAUUACAGACAUUUGUGUAUAGUAAUCAUGACAGAGGGACUAAUCUCCAUUAACCCUUUAACUCCUAGAAGUGAUAAAAAUAUAACUUCUCCCCAUGAUGUUCAUACAUUAUCCAGCAAACAGGUCAUGAGAAUAUUCAAACUUAUCAGGUUGAAGUUGUUAUCUGGAUCUAACACUAAAUUCUCAACUAAUUUACCAGGAAAUGUGUAGCAGCUAGAGGGGAGAAGUAAUAACCACAUCUUUGGAGUUGAAGGGUUAAAUGAAAUACAUGGCAUUUUGUUGUGUGGAUGAUAUGAAAGAAUAAAAAGGUCAUCAGAGGUGAGCUGAAAUUAGAGAAAUUUCUGCGAAGUAGCCUAAAAAAGACCAGGCUUCAAAGGGAUCCCAUCCUUGUAAUUUAGGCAAGAGAAUUUGGUGCUAUAUCAGGAUUACACCCUUAAGCUGAUAAGCUUUUCUGAACUCAUAACCUGUUUGCAAGAUAACAUAUUGGAACUACUAGGAGAAUUUAAUCAUUAAUCAUUUCUGAGAAUUAAAGGUGAAUUCCCUUAA